GAAGGUUACUGAUUGGUUUGGAUCUGUUAUCUGCAGAUAAACCAAAAUUGGAAGCAAAGAAGCACAUGAUAUGAAUAUGAUACUGCCCCAUUUCUGCCCUUUUCACCAUUGACUUCCACAUUUCAUCAAUUCUUCUCUCAAUUUUUUCCCUUUCUCCAGAUGGCAAGUGGGUUUGGGGAAUCAACUGGGAGGUCACCCCCAAGCCCUUCUUACUUCAACAAUAAUAAUAGCAAUGAUGCUGGCAAUUUUGAGUGCAACAUUUGCUUUGAAUUAGCGCAAGACCCCAUAAUUACUUUGUGUGGUCAUCUUUUCUGCUGGCCUUGUCUUUACAAAUGGCUUCACUUUCACUCACAGUCACGAGAAUGUCCGGUUUGCAAGGCCCUUGUGGAGGAGGAGAAGCUGGUUCCCUUGUAUGGGAGAGGAAAGACCUCCACUGAUCCGAGAUCCAAGUCUAUUCCGGGCAUGAAUAUCCCACAUCGUCCGGCCGGUCAGAGACCUGAAACUGCUCCUCUACCGGAAACAAAUAAUUUUCCUCCUCCUGGGUUUGGAUUUAUGGGUGGCCUGGGAGGAUUUGCGCCACCGCCAAUGGCAUCAACGAGAUUUGGGAAUUUCGGAUUGCCUGCAGCUUUUGGUGGCUUUAUACCGUCCUUUUUCAACUUUCAGUUGCAUGGGUUUCACGAUGGGGCCUUGUAUGGGGGAGCGUCUGGUUUUCCUCAUGGGUUUUCUAAUACAUUUCAUGGUGUCCAUGCUCAUGGAUAUCCUCUUCGCACUCAUCAAGGUCAACAAGAUUAUUAUUUGAAGAAGCUGCUUCUAGUUGUUGUUUUCUGUGUUCUUCUUGCUUUUAUUUGGCAAUAGAUUGGGUACCAUCUCAGGUUGCUAGCAGAACAAGACUUCUGCUAUGAUAGGUCUUCUGGUGCGCUUUGUUUUGUAACUGAGGAGUAAGGAUAAUGUUCAUAGAAUAAUACUGUCUAAUUACUCUUGUAGUCCUGUUCUUUCUGGCACCCAACUUCCAUGGUAUCCAUGUUUUAAAUUUAAAGCAUGAAAGCAGAACACCCAUUCUUAGUAAUAAAGAUACCAGUUGUAUCACGCAUAGAUAUUAAUCUCAUGGUCAUUAAGUGUUUGAGACAACAAGACACCUGAAAUAGUGAGGUUGUGCUCUUUGUUUUCUUGU